CUAUUGCGCCAGCUGCCAGGGCUGACAAAUCUCAUGUUAACAGUUGCCCAACAGACUGCACUUCGUAAAGAUCUCAAAAAUAUGAAUCAAAUUGAAAAUGUCACAUGAAUAAAAAUCAAUCAAAUCAAGUUAAUAAUUUAUUAACUGGGCAACUGAGAAAGUGGCAAAAUAAAUGGUUUUAAAUGUGCAACUAGUGCUGUUACAUUAGCUGUUAAACUGUAACAGUCCCUUAACAGACCACGACGCAAUAUGUGAAACUGCAAGCAAUGUGGUCACACUUAACGUGCCAUAAAUAAACAACUGUGAGGAUUUAGCAAUAAAACUACAAAAUAAAGCAUUGAGACUUCGAUUUUGCAACAAAAUGCCUACAGAAAUCGAGAAUAUAAAUCCCAAUGUAUACGGAAAAAUCAAGGAACGCGAAGUAACGGCGCACGAUGAGGACGAAAGUGUGGCCGACCCAUUCGAUAAGCGCGAAAUCUUUGAUCUCAUACGCACUAUCAACGAUCCGGAACAUCCGUUGACUCUGGAGGAGCUGCACGUGGUGCAGGAGGAGCUCAUCAAUAUCAACGAUAAAGAGAAUGAUGUGCACAUCAAUUUCACACCCACGAUCCCACACUGCUCGAUGGCCACGCUUAUUGGUCUUUCCAUACGGGUGAAGCUGCUGCGUUCGCUGCCGUCCCGUUUCAAGGUCACUGUGGAGAUAACGCCGGGCACGCAUGCCUCAGAACUGGCGGUCAAUAAGCAGUUGGCGGACAAGGAACGCGUCGCGGCCGCCUUGGAAAACAAACAUCUUGCUGAGGUCAUUAAUCAGUGCAUAUCCGUGUAGGACUCUAGUCAAUACAAAUUAUCCUUUAUCGUUAAAAAAAAGUCGGCAGAGACAUCUUUUGUGUGGGGUGGAGGAGAAAACUUAAGUCUAGAUAAAUGGUAACAAAACACAGCGCUGGCACACUCUGAAGUCCCUGGGCCCAUCAUUGG